AUGUUUAAGCGUUUUUUUAAAGAUACUACUAAAACUUCUCAGAAAGAGAAUUACUUUGAUCUCUCUUCUGAUGAACUCACAGACUCAGAGUACCGUUUGCUCAGUGAAACUUCAAUUGAUGAAUCUGUUGAAAAAAUCAUUAAAACAUGUUCAGUAAAAACGGCUCAUGAUCAAACUAAGCAAUUAAUGAAACAGACAACCACGAAUGACAAAAAUGAAACAUUGGGAACUCCAAGAAAGAUACUGUCAUCUAUUAAGAAUCACUUGAACCGUAUUUUAACUAAUUCUGUGGAACGAUUGAAUUUACAGAGUCCAAUAUCAUUAGACCAAGGAACAGAAGAGGAAAAUGGUGCUCCUCUAGGAUGUAUGGACCCAACGAACUGGCACUCUAUUGUUCAGCAUCAACAGCUUAUGCAUGCCUUUAGACGAAAAUCAAACUUUGAGUGUGUUACUCCAACCACGAUUGUGUCACUGAAUUCGCUAAGCGAGCAAUCUUGUCGAAGACGAGCUUCAGUGUGUCUCGGUGCAAAUAGCAAUGAUCACGAUCUCACAGUUUAUGCUUCUGAUGUGUCUCUGCAGUGUACAUACGCACGAAGUGAUUUGAGUCUUCCGUUCAAGUGA